GACGAUGAAUUGUCUUCUUCCUCUUUUUCUUCUUCUUUCUCUUUAGUGGGUUUCUCAUUUUCAACAGAAAGUUUAGAAGCCUCCGUUCCUCCAACAGAAGCUACAACUGUAGAACUUCCACCAGAUGAGGAUUUUGAAGAUGACCUUCCUCCUGGAGGAGAGGAUCUUUUUACAACUCCUCCAUUACCCUCUGGAUCCUGACGAUGAAUUGUCUUCUUCCUCUUUUUCUUCUUCCUCAGGGGGUUUCUCGUUUUCAACAGAAAGUUUAGAAGCCUCCCUUCCUCCAACAGAAGCUACAACUGUAGAACUUCCACCAGAUGAAGAUUUUGAAGAUGACCUUCCUCCUGGAGGAGAGGACCUUUUCACAACUCCUCCAUUGCCCCCAGAUCAUGAAGAUAAUUCUUCUUCCUCUUCUUCUUCUUCUUUCUCUUCCAGCUUUUCAGAAGGAUCCUCGGAUGGGGAUGACACCGCUUCAACUACAACUACAACAACAACAACUGAAACAACAACACCAACUACAACAACAACCACAACGCCUAUAGUUACAACAACAAUACCAGAACCCUUUACAACCACACCAUUUGGAAGCUUUUUCAUUGGUAAACGGCGAAAACGCAGCGUUCAGCCACAGCAAACUGGCAACAGUGAUAGGCGCUAUCUCUGUCCUGAGGUUACUGGCGCCACCCCCAGGAUGACGGUUUGGAAUACGUCUGGUCAGCAGGUGGAGCUGUUUCAUUACGGCGGCAGAUUCCAGUGGUAUGCUGAAGUAAAAUGCGACCCAAGCGCUUGUAAUAACAACAAUGUUCUUGGAUGCACUCAGCGGUACUCCAAACAAAAGGCUGCAGUUAUUGUUCAGACAGGGGCUAGUAUUGACGUCAUUAUUGAUGACGUCAUGAUCGAGAGUUCCUGCGCUCCGAGCUUACCGUACUAAACAAACUGUAUCGUUCUCUUAGUUUAGAUUUUUAGUAUACUCAAAUCGUAUAUUAUAGUUAUUAAUAGGAGGCCUAUUUACCCUUAGACGUGUGCUAACUUAUAGGUACUAGUAGCUGUUAAUAAAAACUGCACAUAGUGUAUUGAACAUAAUGUCUGUGCCGAAUCUUGUCGAAUUUAGCGACUCGUACGCGAACACACAUUAGGAACAUGAAUGAAAGUAAUACCUAAUGACUUCUUAUUAAUUAGGCGGAGUUUAAGGUACGCACAGUCUAAAUAAACUGUAUAGGACCACUAUAUAAUGUCUAAAUUAUAAGGCAGAGAAAGUAAAAUACCCUUUCAGCUCUCGCCUUUCGUAAUGCGCUUUUCAUCGUUUAUUAUCGUUAUUGUAACAUGGUCACAUUUGAUUAUGGUGUA